AGUUUGUUACAGGUACCACUUUAGAUCAUCUAAAUCAGAAGUUAUGUUGACUGUUGAGACUACACCUACUAUGAAGACCACGUUAGUGAUACAACCAACUUCACUUGUGAGCAGAUGCAUUGCAAAUACAGCUUGCUCUACUAUCUCGGCUGCAGUAAGAUGUCUUGUCAAACCCAUCCUGCAAAAUCGAUCAAGGAAAUGCAGCAUGAAGCAGCCAAGAAACAUGAAGAGAUGAUAGAUAGACUUGGAUUUCAAAUGGGAAAGGAAGAAAAAGUUUCCCUGCCAGUGUAGCAGAACUGACAAGUCAUAGCACAUCCCACCUGACUCGAAACACAAACUGUCGUCCUACCUCUCUAUCACAUGGUAUCACGACUGCUUCUAUAACAAGUCUAUCAUUCAGCCUGAAUAAAAUUCGCAACAUCCUGUGAGUUUCAAGAUCAAUGAGAAGAUUCUCGUAGCUUAUUCAAGGUUCGAGACAAAUCACAAGCAGGUAUAAGUUUUGAACAAAAUAAGGAAGAGACAUGGCGCAAAGCAUUCUAUCAAAAUGGAGGGCAGGAAUUAGCAUUUCAGAAGGUUAAAAGGAUUACCUUUCUAGUUCCAUCAGACGCAGAUGAAGAACGCACCGAGGGGUUGGCCGUGUCUGAAAAGAAGCGGAAGCCAAGAGUGAAAUUGAGGGCGAAAUUAUUUGGUACUAGAAAGGUAAUUGGCAGAAUCAAGAAGACGCUGGGCGCCACCUAGGCGAGGAGGCACCGCCCAGGCCGAUUAGUCGUUGCCUAGGCGAGAUUAAACGUCGAAAAAAAUGAUAAAUAUGUAAGUUUAGAGUGCAAGAUCAAACAUAACAUUCAUAAGUUUGCUGAUUUCCAGUUCUGUAACUGGCAAUAUUCAAGAUAACAAUCAUUCAAGUUGUAACAUAGAAGGAAACAAACAUAAUAAAACAUGACAAAUGUUAAGAUAAGUCAUAAAGGCGAUGACAAGCUAAUAAACUCCAAGUUGAUCACUCAUCAUCUUCAUUCAUAUAGUUCUUGUUAACCACAACAUCCUCCUCGAAAUGAAUGACCUCACUUUCCUCGUCAUCUUCUUCUUCAGACUCAAACUCCUCAUCGGCAAGGUCUCUCACUAAUCUGGCACUCCUGCGAGGUUGAAGAUUCUCACUAGCUCCCUUGCCUCAUCAAAUGCCAAUUCUAAUUCUCUUUAUCAUCUAAAGCCUAAAGAUGAAAAGAAGCUAGAGAAUCAAUCGAAAGAGAAAGAAUAAUUAGUACCUUCAAUGCUAUAGACCGACGGCGAGGACAAGUCACGACUGGGCACUGGCGAUGCUGGAGACCGACGACGCGCGAUUCUGGAGAAUGGCGGAGAGGACGUGGCGCAGCCGGCGACAAAGCCCCCUGCUGCAAACUUGCGAUGCUAGAGAAGACGGCUGGAGAGGAGGGAUGAAGGCAGUCGACUGUUGGAGAGAAGGGAGAGAGGUGACGAACUCGAGAGGAUGGAGAAGACGGCUGGAGAGGAUGAGUGGGACUGUGGGAGGGAUGCUGCUCAGCUGAUCGACUUGCCCAUUAGGGUUUUCCCCUUUUCGGUCUAUCCAAAACGCACAGCUCCAUCUUUUUUUUUUCUGGGCGUCGCCCACAGCUUGGAAUCGCCGAUCCAACCUAGUACUCGCCCCCUAGGCGUUCUUCAACGCGAUUCCACAUUUAUUGCGCCCAGCAACUUCGCCCAGGCUUCCUCUCCACGUUUCCUCCUCUCCUAGCUACUAAACGCGCCUAGGCGAGUGUUCUUGAACACUGUAUACUGAUUGAGGACCCUUCGACAUUCAAGUCAUACUUAAUAGAAAUUAGAGGAGGGGAAAAUACCGUAUAUUGCUAUAUGCAAGUCCAGCAUCAACACGUAUUAUUUCUGUUAAUCACUCAACGAUGAUAAGUUCACUGCUAAUACGAAGUGAUAAUAUCCAGGUAGACUCAUUGGACAAUACCUAUUGAUACUAUGGAUUAUGGAACUCCAAUAGUAGCAAAAUGGCAAUCACCUCUAGAAUACAAUACUCGGAAGAGAACCCUCAGAGCAACGACGAAGCAGGAGAUGAAAGAUCCAUCACAUCCAAAUUCAUUGCAUCACCUUUCCCCAUUUCCGACACCAAUACAUUUGGAAGCCAGUUGAUGCCCCAGCAGUGAUGCACAUGCAGGUCCUCUUUCCAGUGACAUCUCCUCUUUCCAUAUGCAAAUACAGCCAUGGUCAGAAGUCAGAACUAAUCCUUGUGGUCACAAAGCAGAUAUGAAAUGUUAGGCUUGCCCUUCCAGAAAGUACCAUGAUGUAUCUAGAACUUGUAUGCAAAGUGCCAUUUUAGUUCAGUAAACGGGAAACAAACAUGCCACAUUACCCUUAAACUGGAAAGCCCAAUUGAAUAUCUCAGGUAGAUUUCACAGUUAUGAUGUUUUCCUCCCAAUCCACAUCAACAGGUAUGUGUGUGAUUGGAUUAUGGACAGCAACAAUAAAUGUGCUUGCAGGGAAACUAAUUCACAGGAGGUAAUAGAAAACCUUACCAGUACUUAAUCAAGCCAUCCCAACUGCAGGUAGCCACUUUACUUUGUUCCAAUUGAUGCCAUUCACACCCAAUGCACACUUGUUCAUGGCAUUUUAAGGUCCUGAAAACUUUGCAGCUCUUCCAGUCCCGGACUUCCCAAAAAGCCAGCCCCGGGCCGCCAGAACCAACACCUACCCUCACCAUCUCCCGACAUAACAAACCGCCCGUCGGGAGAGAAAUUGACCUGGCAGGCAUAUCCUCAUACAAUGUGUCCAGCAAACCUCUUCUUCUUAUUCAACUGAAACCUUUACCUAGUGCUAUAUAUAAGAUUUGGUUAUCCAAACUCUCUGCUGCUAGCUAGUUUGAAUUGGGAUGAACAGAUAUCGAAGGCAUGGAAUGCACGUGAGGCUUACUGAUAUACUUAAUCACAGCAGGUAUCCUGAAUUCCCACACAAAGCGAUUUAUCAUCGCUUGAUGCGAUGAAUCUACUGCUGUUAUCCACGAAAGUGAUGGUGUUCACUGCCCCUAAAUGCAUCAUACUCCUGAGUGAUCUGGCCACUAUUCAUAUCCCACUGCACUAUUUUCUUAUCACUCAUCCCGGCCAACAAUACAUUCUGCUUAUCUUCAUCAGGAUUCAACUUAACAACAUAAGGAACCUUUCGAGGUUGAAAAUUUUGAAAUCACCUGACCAGUCUCAGUAUCCCAAUACUAGAUAUUCUUAUCAUACCCAGCGGACAGAAACUUAGUCCCAUCAUUCAUGUAACAUAUGCCUCUAACUGCCUUAGAAUGAACGACUCAUGUAAGU